GGAGAUAGGUUCAAUCCUAAAUAUCUCCUUCUUCCCUAUAUAAGCGCGCUACAUGGGUUAUGAUGUAAAGGCUUCUAAGGGCAGAAUGUAGGGCACUAGAAAGCGAUUUGGGAUUGAUUCAGCGAUACAUGUGAGAACUUCUUGGUCGCUUGAGUGGAAAAGGAGAAGUGAAUAAGUCUGGUUACUUGUGAGAGAGUGCCCGCUUUAGAAAACGCGAAAGCGCAGAUAAAUCUUACCUUGAUGGUGUUGCAAAAUGUAAUGUUUACCAUUAUUAGCUAGCCGAGUUAGCUGUCGCUAAAGUAAACGAGCGGUCACAAUGCAGGGCGUGAAGGUUGGGUGCUUUGGCUUGCUCGCUUCCAGGCAGCUGUUAAGCCAAAGUAAUUUGAUUUCCAGUUAUUUCCGUGGUGCAGUGUGUGUGCAAGACUUAUUCUGUAGUGCUGUUGGACGCAAAGCAUCGACGGCGACGUCUGAACCGGUGAUAAUCCGCGUCCCGAGGCGCAUGCAGGAGCGCAUAGACAGUGUGAAGCAGGUGAAACGCAGAAACCUUGAUAAAGUGGCCACAGUCAAAGCUGGAAGACUGCUGAUCAAAAGCAAGAACCCACUACUGAAUCAGUCUGUCAGUUACACUCUGGGCAAGUUUGAAGAACCAGUCCUGACGUCAAAGGGAUGGAAGAAUAACAAAUCAUUUGGGGACUACUUUACCAUCAACAGCACCCAGAGUGCUCCUCCAUUCCUCCCUGAGUCUAAGGAGGAGAAUAAACAGGAUGGACAGAGUCACAGAAGAACAUUCACACACCUCCAUCUUUCGUCCGAGCUGGUCGAGACGCUCCAGAGUCACAAUAUCACGCAUCCUACGAUUGUGCAGUUGCAGACCAUUCCCAAACUGCUCCGGGGUCACAACAUCCUGUGUGCUGCUGAGACGGGCAGCGGAAAAACGCUCGCCUACAUCCUGCCCAUUAUCCACAAAUUGCAUAAAGAGAUGCCACCGAUGGAGUUGGGGUCAGAGCAGAAGACACAAGCGGUGGUUCUGGUGCCAUCGAGAGAGCUGGCCGAGCAGGUGACAUCAGUCGCGAGGACUAUGAGCCGACCGUUUGGGUUAAAGGUUAAAGUUGUAGGUGGAGGAAGAGGAGUCGGGAGCAUCAAAGCAGCGUUCAGUUACGGGCAGCCUCACAUCCUGGUUGCUACGCCUGGUGCAUUGCUGAAGGCACUGUGGAGACGCUUUGUGGAUCUGAGCGAACUGCGUUUUAUGGUAAUCGAUGAAGCUGAUACAAUGUUUGACCCCAGCUUUGUAGACAUGCUCGAGAAGAUCCUCCGGCAAACCCAGGUCGCUGCAAAUCUCUCUGAGAUAACCGGACCGACCCGGAAAGCACAGCUGGUGGUAGUGGGCGCUACUUUCCCCGGUGGGGUCGGCGAGCUCCUGGGUAAAGUGACUGACCUGGGCAGCUUGGUGACGGUUAAGAGCCGGAUGUUGCAUUACCUGAUGCCGCAUGUCAAUCAGACCUUCGUGAAAGUGAGAGGCUCUGAGAAGGUUCUGGAGCUUCACCAAGCCUUGAAGGAGGCGGAGUCUGAUCAGAAAGGCGUUUUGGUGUUCUGCAAUUCGGCUGCCACUGUCAACUGGCUUGGUUACACGCUGGAAGAGAUGGGCCUGCGUCAUGCACGUCUUCAGGGAGAAAUGCCUGCCUCGAUGAGGGAAGGAAUCUUUCAGAGCUUCCAAAAAGGCCAUGUUGAUGUUUUGCUUUGUACCGAUAUCGCUUCCCGAGGACUUGACACGCAAAGAGUGGGGUUGGUGGUUAACUACGACUUCCCAGAAUCCCAUACAGACUACAUCCACCGAGCUGGCCGCGUAGGAAGGGCUGGAGCUGCAGGUGGAGGACACGUCCUGAGUUUUGUCACCCAUGUGUGGGACGUGGAGUUGGUGCAGAGCAUCGAGACAGCAGCCAGGAGGAGAAUGUGUUUACCAGGAAUGGAGACAGAGAUCCAAAAACCAGUCAAAACAUUAUCACAGGACAGCAAAUGAUCUCACACAAACUCAAUCUCACCGCUUGUUUUUCAUGCAAUUUAGAAUACUCAUAUAAUAUGUUAAAGAAUACCUAGUAUAUAGUUGAGUGCAAAAGUUUGCACCCCCAUAAUAGUUGGGUUAAAAUAAAAAUAUACCUCUGUUUUACAUUAAAUAAAUAUUUAUUUUAAGAUGUGAAAACUGAAAUGUCGGUCUAUCUUGUAAAUGACGACAAUCCAAAAUAUAAGCCAGAAGAAAUAACUUCUUUCUAACGCUGUAGGUCUCCAGAUCUGAUUUGCAGAAUGUAAAAAUGCUUACCUAGAAGUUUUGAUUUAUAUAAUUGUUAAUCAUAUAUAUAUAUCCCACUGUUAACAUGUAAAUGUACUACUUGUUCAUUUCUGUUAAAUGUAAUAAUACAUAUCUGUGAAACCUCACACACCAAAUGUCUUGUGGCUAGAAAUGAAAUUCCUUUAUUUUUAAUUUGCCCUAAGGGUGUGCAAACUUUUGAACUCAACUCUGGUAACAAACAAAGCUCUCUUUUAUGAUUUGUAAUAUUUUGAUUAAGGAGAAAAGUACUGAUUUUUACACAUGUAUUUAUUGAGUUGAAUAAAGGAGU